AUGAGUGUGGUGGUCAUUGUGGCUAAUCUACCUGUAGCUCCACUAGAGGGAAACCUAACCUCUGUCCUUAUUCUAAAUCCUCUUCCUGUUGCUUUUUAUUCCUCAGGAAAAUACAUAGCUGCAACUCAGCGCCCCGAUGGGACGUGGAGGAAGCCGAGGAGGGUGAAGGAUGGUUACGUUCCUCAGGAGGAGGUCCCCGUGUAUGAAAACAAAUAUGUGAAGUUUUUUAAGAGCAAACCUGACCUGCCCCCCGGCCUGAACCCGUCGGAAGCGGCUCCACCGAAGCAGCAGCAAAAGAUCCCGGGCUGCGGCGACAGCGAGACGGCCGGCCUGUCAAAGUCGGCCAAGCGCAACAUGAAGCGGAAGGAGAAACGGAAACAGCAGCAGAACCAGGAGCUGGACGGCGACGCAGAAGUGGAUUUGGUGAGCGGCGCCGUUGAGAACGUGUCCAUCUCAGAGAGGGAAGAGUCGGCGAGUAAAACACAGAGCGCCGCGGCGGCCUCGGCGACCGAUGAGUCGCCGGCAGCGGAGGCUGAAAAGGCCAAGAAGAUAAAGAACCUGAGAAAGAAGCUGCGGCAGGUGGAGGAGCUGCAGCAGAAGGUGGACUCUGGGGAAAUAAAGCAGCCGACCAAGGAUCAGCUGGAAAAGCUGGGUCGGGCCGAGGCUCUACGGGAAGAGCUGGAGCAGCUGGAGCGGGAUUCCUGAACCGGAGCGGGGUUCCUGAACCGGAGCGGGAUUCCUGAACCGGAGCGGCUCCGGCGGACUGGACCUGUAAAUGAGACACAGGAAGGGACGUUCAUCAUGAAUGGUGGUGGUAAACGGCUCUAAGGGACGCUGCAGACAUCACACCUGCUUUUAGUUUUAGUUUCUCACCUGUAUACUGAUGUACUUCCUAACUUUGAACAGAUCAUGAAUUUUCUUUUUUUUUGGUGCUUCUUUGUUUUUUUUUCGUUUUGUACUUUUUAUGCCGUCUGAACCCACAGGAUUAAAAAAAAAUAAAAAAUUCCCUUUUUUCCUUUGGACGUUAGUUGUGUUUAAACAUCCUUUCAUUGUUGCUCUGAUGUCACGUCGCCACAGUAGAAAGAAACUUCUUGCCUUUUGUGUUUUUGUCUUUAUUUUCAGGUUUUAUUUCCUACAGUAGGUAACCUGGACGCUACUGCACCCUGCAGGGCGGAGACACUGGAAAAGACGCGUUUUUGUUCUUCAUGUUAAUAAAUUCAACGAUUGAAAUAA